AUGGAGGGAGGAAGAGGAGGCGGCGAGACCGGUGCCGUGGAGACGGAAGAGGUCAUGAAACGAAUGUCAGUAGAGGCGUUGGCGCUGAGACAGCACGAGGCCGACGAGCGCACGUCUGGCGCUGGUUCCUGCGUACCGAUUUUGCCCACUGCUGAAGCCGACGCGAAGGCGUCAUGCUUGAAACGCGAAGUGCAACGAAAACACCUCCAGCAGCAGCCGCAGCAGCAGCAGCAACAGCAGCCGCGAUUACCCAAUUCUGGAGAGCCAGUUGUUUCAGAAGCUAAGGUUACUCUCGUAACUCUUUCUCCAGGCGAGAAAAGGGAAGGCGGAAAAGGGCCUAUCCGUAACGGCGUAUCAUCUAUUGCUGACAACGCAGCUGCUGUUACGGCGCCCUCUGUUCUUCCUCACAGGCUCGUACGGGCAGCGGUCGUCGUCAGUCUAAGCAGCUCCGCUUGUAGUGGCGACAGUGGCGGCGAGGCAAGCAGUGGAGAGAUUGAGUCCGUUGCCAUGGGCGACAAGGGUGGCGCAGCAGCGUGCGAGGGUGUGCCUCCUGUAGCAGUAGCCCAAGACGAGGCUUCUCAACAGGCGACUGCUGCUCACUCGAGUUCUAGGGCUGCUGCCGUGCCUGCUGCUGCUGCUGCUGCUGCUGCUGCUGACACAGUUUCGAAGGCUGCUGCUGAUGUGGCUGCUGCUGACAUCGGAGCGAUGGUAAUCGACAGCAUGGGUUCUGGUUCGGUGAGUGCAAGGCGCCUUCACGAGCAGAAUGAUGCAGGGGUUGAAGGACAAGCGGUUCUUCCUGCAGCACAACGCAAGGAGCCGAGGGAAAAAGCCCAAGCGAGUGCAGUGCGAUGUGAGAGCGCCCAGCAAGCAAGUGAAGCCGUGGCAGAAGGUGCUGGAGAGCAGCAGCGCAAACCUCGAAUUCUCUCAACCGGUGACCUCCCUGCAGCGGUAGAAGCUGCAGCAGUGGCAGAAUUGGGGGCAGCGCGUGCGUCGUUCGCCUGUCCUCCUGCCGCUAUUAAUCCCACACCAACGAGUCCCACUGCUGCGAUGCCUGCCGGCACCAACCCUGCCACCAUCCCUUCCACCAAGCCUGCUGCAAGUGCCGCCAACAGUGCCAAUGACCUCAACACCACCAGUGUCGCCACCAACAUUGCGGGUCCUGCCAACACCAGUGGUACCGCCGCCAACACCACUAGCAGUCCCACAGCAGGCUCCCAACUGCUGCCAUUUAACACGGAGCGAGUGGAGAGCGUGUACGCACUAGCCAGCGAGGAGCUCGGCCGGGGCGAGUUCGGCGUGGUGCGCACCUGCAUGCACCGCACCACGGGGCAGCUCUUCGCGUGCAAGUCCCUGGACAAAGCCCGGCUGAGGGAGAGCGCACGCGUAGAGGACCUAGAGAUGGAGCUGUACUGCAUGGGCAUCAUGCCGCGCCAUGGGAAUGUCGUGCAGCUGGCGAGCGUGCAUGAGGACGAGCGCGCCGUGCAUCUUGUCAUGGAGCUGUGUGAUGGGGGGGAUUUGUUUGAGCUGAUUGCCAAGGCGGGGCGGCUGCCGGAGGUGUUUGCGGCGUGGAUGUUCCGCCAGGCUGUCGAGGCUGUGGCGUUUUGCCAUGAGUAUAACAUCGCGCACCUGGAUAUCAAGCCGGAGAAUCUGCUGAUUCGGACCAAGAGGAACCUGCCUGGGGGGGCGUCGGCGGCGGCGUCGGUGGCUCUUGCGGCUAUAGGCCUGCAAGCCUCAUCUGGUCCCGUGCAUGCUGCUGCUGCUGCUGCUGCUGCUGCUGCUGCUGCUGCUGCUGCUCCUCCUCCUCCUCCUCCUCCUCCUCCUCCUGCUGCGGCUGCUGCUAAUGGUGGCGCGGCCGCCACUGAGUCUGCAACGCAUGCCGCUGCCAACAACAGCAAAAGCAAGCACGUGCCACCGCUCCUCACCCCGGCUUCCACUACUGCGCUUCAACGCAUGGGUGCUGCAGGCACAGACGCUGCUGCAGCCGCACGCACCUCCUCUGCUGCUGGCACCACGUCUGGCAUGGAGGGCAUUCGUGUGAGCAGCACUGCCACCAUUGGCUCUGGCUUCGGAAUAGAGGUGAAGCUGGCGGAUUUCGGGCAGGCGGUGGUGCUCUCUCCUGGGAGCACGGCGCGUGGGCUGGCAGGGUCGUCGUUCUACAUGGCGCCAGAGGUCGUCAAGGGCCGCCAGUACGGGCUCUCUGCUGACGUGUGGAGCCUUGGCGUGCUGCUCUAUGUCAUGCUUGCAGGCUACCUGCCAUUCUACGGGGAAUCCCUCCGCCACAUCUUCCUUACCAUCUGCUCAUCAGACCCCGACUUCUCCUCGCCGCCCUGGCCCUCGCUCUCCCUCGCCUGCAAGCACCUGCUGCGCUCCAUGCUCCACCGCGACCCCCUGCGCCGCCCCUCUGCCCGCCAGCUCCUCUCCCACCCCUGGUUCUCCUGCGCCCUCCUUCCCCUCUCGCCCCCCUCCCUGCCUCGCUGCCUCUCCCCGUUCUCCUCGCCGUCUUCCUAUUCCCGCCUCCCCCCUCACUCCUCUCGUUCCUCUCGGCCCUCGCUUGCCCCGCUCUCGUCCCUCUCGCCGCUCUCGCACUAUCCACUGUCCACUAGUCUGCUGCCUACCAAUCCACUCACCAGCAAGCACUUGAAUGGACAGCCGUCCUCGUCACCGCUGCUCAUGUCCCUUUUUUCGGGGGUGGAUGUUGCUGGUAAGACGGAUCAGAUAGGCCCCUCUUCUUCUCCUCCUCCUCCUCCUCCUCCUCCUCCUCCUCCUCCUCCUCCUCCUGCUGCUGCUGCUGCUGCUGCUGCUGCUGCUGCUGCUGCUGCUGCUGCUGCUUCUGCGCCAGCUCCCAGUGACCCUGAGGCACGCCUUUUCUCCUCAGUGCUCCUUGAAACUGCGCAGCAGCUUCCUGCGCUGGUGAACAGGGAGGAUGGGACGUGGCAGGGGGAGUUGAAGGAGGGGAAGGAGGCGAAUGAGGGGAAGUGGGACGACGCAUACGGUCUGCUCAAUGCUGCUGGCAUGGCUGAUGCAGAGGCUUUCGUGGAUGGGUGUGGGAUGAAGUAUAGCAUGAGUGGGUAUCUGGAUGCGGUUCUUGAUGCAGCUGGUGAUGGAACCACUGGGGAGGGAGAGUCAAAUGGAGGGGGGAGUGCUGGAGGGAAAGAUGGUGGGGUGGCUUGCGUGGGUGCAGCAGGCGGGGGAGGUUGCGUUGGUGGUGCUACUGCUGGGAUUGAUGGUGCUAGUGGCCCACCGUGUGCCGCUUCAGAGUGGACUGGCAUGGGAGGAUUGGAUGUGCUGGAUGGGCAUCACCAGCAGGAAGAGAGGCAGAAGCAUCAGUAUUACCAGCAGCAGGGGCAGCAGCAGCAGCAGCAACAGAUGCAGAAGCAGAGGGAGAGUGGUGACGGUGGUGAUGAGCUGUUGACUGGCCAUGCCAUGAGUGCACACAUUCAUGACCCCACAUGUCAAGCCAUUCGAGGUACUGCCAUGGCAUAUUCCAGCAACGCUCCUACCGCUGCUGGCAGCCACGGGGCGGGUCUCGCCAGUGGGUCCGGUGCUGCUUCCCCUCCUGUCGAUCCCCCCAGUGCACCUGGCGUGUGCGUCGCAGAUCAUACUCCUGCUGCUACUCGUGCCGCUGCACUUGAGGCGACGACUGGCUGUGUUGGAGCUCCUGCUGCUGCAGGUUGCGCUGCCAUGGAUGUAUGUGUGGCGGGAGCUGGGGCUGGCUUGGUGAGCCCGAAGAGAAAGGCGGAGGCGGAGGCAGAGGGGGAGGGAGAUGAUGACGAGGGAGAGGAGUCACAGGAGGAACAGGAGGAUGGGAGGGAGGCAGCAGCAGGAGCUGGAGAGUGGGCUGGUUUGGGCAUGUUCUCUGCUCCAGCUGAAGGUACAGCGCGGCCUGCUUGGAUUGACAGCAGGCAGUGUAGCGUCAGUGUGGGAACGACUAGUGUUGCACCUGCCCGUGCCGGCAAUAGUGGUGGCGGCAGUGGCAGCGCUGGCAGCGAUGCCGCUGCUGCUGGUUACAGUGUUGCCGCUCCCUCAUACGGUACUGCCAGUGGGAGCACUGCAACAGCAGCAGAAACUGUAGCAGCAGCCGCAGCAGGAGCAGCAGCAGCAGCAGAGGAGGACCUGGAGAUUUCUCUUGAGAUGGCACAAGCACUCGGCCAUGCAUUGGAUGAAGAAGCAGAGCAGCAGCACAGCCCUGACCUGGAAUGCACUCUCUCGCAAGACCUCUCACACGCGCUGGAGCAGGACGAGCUCACACACGCACUCACACAGGAGCUAGCCCAUGCGCUCGAGCAGGGGGCUGAUGAUGAUGCAUGGGUGGAGGGUCAAGGGUGGGAGGGUGCACAGGCGGAGGGUAAUGUGGAUGGGUCAAUUGGGGACUUGGCUGAUUUUGGAGAAGGGAUGGAGCUGGAAGAUGUGGAUACUGCUGAAGCUGUUGGUGCGGUUGCUGCUGCUGAAGGUGAAGCUGCGGAAGUUGGCACCUCCGCACUGGGCCGCAGGGGUGGGAAACGGCUGGGGACUGGCAGGGCAGCAGGGGGCAGGGUGGGAGGAGAGAAGUGUGGGCCAGCAGCAGAAGCAGUUGGAGCAGCGGCUGCAAAUCAAGCAGUUGGAGGAAUUGCUGGGAUUCAAAGGCAGGUGGGGCGGAGGGGGGAGUCAGGAGGAGCCACAGGAGGAGCGUGUGAGGUGGCGGUGGUGUCUCAGCCUCUGCUGCCCCACCAUGCUGUGGCAUGUCACAAUGAGUGUUCCCCUGUUCCCGUGGUGGUUGCUGGGGAAGGCGAAAGGCCUGGCACAUGGGGAAGGCGGAGAGUAAGAGCAGGCUCUCGUGCUGCCAAUCCUGCUGCUGGCACUGGAGCCGUGAGGGUGAGUGCCAGUGUGAAGUGCCGAGCACCAGGCAGCACAGUGAAGCACACAGCAGCAGGCGUGGUUCAUCUGCUCUCACUGCCCUCCCCUUCCGCCCUCACUGCUUCCUCCGGAAGGGCAGGUAUGGCAGCAGCAGCAGCAGCAACAGCAGCAGCAGCAGCGGCUGUAGCCAGGGCAGGGGGGUCCGGGUCGACAGCAGCAGGACCUUCGUUUAAUACUGCUACUCCUCAUGCUCCUCGUACUGCUGUUCUGCCGCGCACCUGUGCUGCUGCGGUUGCUUCUGCUGCUGCUUCUUCCGCUGCUGCUGCUGUUGGAAGAGUGUCUCCCCUUUAUGCGCGCCGCCCUCCCAUGCUGGUGAUCCCACACUCCAACUCAGAGUGUUGCCAGGAGGAUGCAGCGCAGGGGGGUCAAGGGGUGAACACAUGGGGGCAGCAAGGGGGCAGCGGGGAAGCAGCAGGCUUGCAGGGAGUGGGAACAGGAGGUGGGACAGGAAGCGGAAUGGGAGGAGCUGUUGGGUUCCCAGGUGGGGUUGUGCGCAGGUCGCUCAAUCACCACUACAUGGAUGGUUCCCCGCCAGUGCUUCUUCCUCACAACCCAGGAGAGGUCCUUCCGUGUCCUUCCAUCUCCCCCUCCCCUUCAUGCUCCCCCGGUUCCCUGUCGCUCCCCUUCCCACGGCCUCUUACUGCUUCCCCUGCCGGCCCCUCCGCGUCUGCUGCUGCUGGCGCUACCCCAAUGUCAACUUACAUGGCAGCUGGAACAGCAGGGGGGAGAGCUGCUGUGCAGAGUGUGAGCGGAGCCAGGGGAGGGAUGCCUUUCCAGCUUGCCAGUCUUUAG